AUGUUGAUGCGACACUCUCCUUUGGGCUGCAUCAGAAAUGGCGAGCGCUAUGCUGUUUGCGGCCUAGGCGGGCCUGGCAGCCAUGGGCAACACGGGCUGGCGGCUGUGACCACUGCUGGGUCGGGCGCUGUAAUGUGGCAUCGCACAGGGCCAUGGCAGCGAGCACAGCGGGAUGAUCCCCCUGUGGGUCACGUGGCGCACCGCCACCUGCCACCAAGAACCGCUGCAGGUCAGCGCUGGCGGCGUCAUGGGCUCCGUUAUCUCGGGGUGCAUUCUGGAGAGCAGCAGCAGCGCCGUGCCCUGAACGCAGGACGACAAGACCUGGGAGCGAAAAUAGUGGGCUUCGCUCCUUUUGCCAGCGCAUCCACGCUUGCUAUGCAUGCAGCCGCCGGGCCACGAGACGCAGCAGCUCGACUCGCGCAGCGUCUGAUUGGAGCGGCGCAUGCAUAGAAAUGCACAGAAAUGCAGGCAAUUAUUGGCAUGUCGGGAAUGAUGCUCGGGUGCAUUCUCCGUGCGUCAGAUCGUCUCUGGGGAUCCAUAGCGACGUGCGUAGGGGCCGUGGUUUGUGGCUCAUACAGCAGGCCGGAAUGCGUGGGCAGAAUUGAGGCCCGAUUAUUAUCACCCAUAUUGCUUCAGCUGACAGCAGCCC